AAUGGUGCCAAACGCACUGUGGUCUGCUGUUUCCCAAGAUUCAGUUUUGGCAACCCAAAGACUGCCGUCUGCAGUAUGUCGCAGCCGAAGCGGAAGUGGGAUUGGAGAAGUCUACCAAGGCCACAGGAGGACCGUAUAUCUCUGUCGCCUAGCCAGAGCAGAUAUGAGCAUGUUGAAUCGAAAUUGAAAAUCGACCCUCAUAUCGAGGCAGCUGGCUUCUUUGGAAACAUUACGAAUUGUUCCAAGGGCAAAACUGCCGAGAUGGAGUAUCGCUGGAGUUUCGCGCUGCAAAAGCACCCCGAUGAAAAUGGCGAUUACACAAGACUGGCUUGGAAAUGGGAGGAACAGGACAAGGGCGCAUCGAUCCCCUUCGAGCGACCAAUCUACGCGGCAGUGGUUGUCGGCCAUGCCAGGAGUGCUUUCGAUAUCCGCACAAAACUCACUGGUAAACUAUCAUCACUGCGACAUGGUUGGAGGCACCUGAUGAUCGCCCCUCCGAUUUGCUGUCCCCUGGCACCAGAGCUGUCAGAUCCUCCAGAAGACUUGACAACAAUCGUGGAGGGUCUGCAACAGACCAUAGAGGAGGAGAACCGAAAGCAGGCACCGAUAGGUACGCUCUACGAGACAGAACUGUUACAGUUGAUCCAUGCUAACAGACAAACAGAACUACUGGAUUUCCGACAGUCUGUAUAA